AUGCAACAGUUCGAUGGCAUCACAUUAAGGCUAAUGGCUGCUGUGCAAAUGCUCAUUCUAAUAUUAAGCUCAACGAAAGCAAUCGCAAACGCAAACGGAAACGGCAACGUAAUGUGCCAAAUCGAUAGCUCUUUACGAGGUGUCUUCAUGAAGCAAGCGGAUAAUUCGAACACCUUACCUGCACCAGUGCAAGAUGGAGUGGAGCAGUUGAUUACCUAUGAUAAGUUGACCAUCAGCUCAUCGGCAGUAUCUUCGUGGGGCAAUUGUUACGAGAGUGUUGGUGAUGACUCGUUUAUUUUUGGGAUGAAGCGAAUCGGGGAGGCUUACUGCUAUCGGUGCGUUACGCUGGUCUUGAGAGCUGCAAAUAUCAUUCAGGCUGCACAUCAGACGGGUCAGUUCUUAAAUUUUGGUCUUAGUGGUAAAGUUUUACCAAGGUCAGGUGGUGCAUACUUUGCAGGUAAUCCAUGCAGACGAAGUAUUGAUGAGGCUCGUAAAACCUGCUUUGAUUCCGAAGCAAUCAGCGCCUCACAAGGAACCUUUUUGUACAGAGUCGAGAAUGUGGCGGCAGCCAGCUGUGGCCUAGAAGGUGUUUAUGAUUUGCAAUUCAAGAAGACUGCUGAUUCUACGAUAUCGUGCCAGGAGCCUGGCUCAUCGAUGAGUAACUGCGAAAGUGUAUCGCAAAUGAAGUUCCACUUCCGUAACUGCACAUUCCCGGAUUUUGAUUUAACGUUCACAUGCAUUGGGCUAUGGCACGCCGCUAACGAUCGUGCUGCUGCUGCCGCUGUGGAAUCCUUCAUAGCAAUUCAGGACAAUGAUAAUGAGCAAGUGAAAUGUGGAAUCCUCGUCGAGAGUGGCCGAUCAGCCGAGAAGACGACGACGACGUUAUAUCUGUCGAAAGAUGCCAAUUGCGAUGGGUUGAGCGGCUCGAAUUCGAAUACCGCAGCCGCAGCUGAACAGUACACUUUCACUAGAAGAGAAAGUGGUCACGACGAGAACUGGGUGGCAGCGUGCACGUUCCCGGAAUGGCUUCAGGGUGCUUAUCAGGGUGGUGCCGUCAGAAUCAGCGAGCGGGCAUUCGCAUACUCCGAUGCGAGCACCUCAACCACACCAACCGUGUCGUAUUGCCUGGCCUUGGAUGGUCUUGAACGUAUCGCGGUGUUCACUGAAUCUAAAUGAGACGAGAGCGCCUUUGAGCUCGAGCUAGAGUCGUCUCCGUGGACGGCUCUAGUGGCCGAGCAACCCGAUGCGGUGGCGUGCGGUCUGGAUGCGGGCUCGUACGUCACCCCGCAAGUCUACCGCCAACGUAGUGCUGCUGGUGGUGAUAGUGGCCAAAGCACGUGUUAUCGUCUUACGACCGCCGACUGCACCAGCCAGCUUCAACAGCAACAACAGCAUUCACUAAACGUGGUGGCAUUCAACUGCGAGACGAAUGCCGUUUUCGAAACCCGUCGAUACACCUGCCUGGGAUCGUGGAGUGAACACGGAUAUCUAUUCGUCUAUACGCAACGUCUCGGACACAACAACGAGAAUAACGUCUGCUUCGUAACCCGUCAACACAAAGGUUUACUCUACGUUUCGACAAGCGGUGUGCACUGUAAACGCAAUUAUAACUUCACGUUGAAUAGCGAUAAGACGAUUGUUCUGGAACGCGAGGCUGACUGUAAAGUGGCCAUCGAAACGGCCAAAACCCAAACCACUACCGCCGCAUUCCCGAUGAAGCAGCAAUCGCUCGACGAGACUGACGACGCUGCAAUAAUUUUUACGGGCAAAGCUGAUAUGCCC